UGUAUAAGUAGUGGAGAGCUGCACGAGUGCGUCACACGGUGCGGGAAGCCGAGCCCAUCUGGAACGUUCUGUGCACUGAGCUGGUGAGCCGCACUCGGGGAAGUGCCUCGUCGUCUAACCGCUCUUCGGCACUUUGCAUCACCAGGCUGUGCCUGCUGAGGCCGUCGUGCUCUGGACAUCCGCCGUACGGCACCAGUCCGCGCGAGACGAGUGCCGCUUUGUGUCGUACAGAGCCGCAGCACAGCGCUCACGCUGGGGAAGACAAAGCAGCCGUGUGCGGCCUGUCUGCCCUGGCCCUCGCCACCCCUGACCCUCGGCACCCUCCGGUGGGCUGGCCAGCGCAGACUCGCCAUUCCCAUCAUGCACCUGAAGACCAUGAAAUGUAACCAGUUCUGCUUAAUCGCGUCGCUUGCCGAUCGGGACUUGUUCAACAGGCUCGAGGUCCGGGCCAGCUUUGAGGCACUUUUCCGUUCCUUUGACAGUGACACCACGUUUCAAUACUUCAAGAGCUUCCGGCGUGUGAGGAUCAGUUUCAGCGAUGCUUUGGCUGCUGCCGAGGCCAGAAUGCGACUGCACAAGAGCGAAUUCAAUGGCAAGGAGAUGCGCUUGUACUUUGCACAGUCUGUACAUAUCGGAAGCCCGCGACUGGAGCCGCCCAAACCCGACAAGCAGUUCCUCAUUUCUCCUCCUGCGUCGCCCCCAGUGGGCUGGGAGCAGGUUCAGGACGCCACGCCCGUCAUCAAUUACGACCUGCUGUGCGCCAUCUCCAAGCUGGGGCCAGGCGAGAAGUACGAGCUCCACACUGGAACCUCCACGACUCCCAGCGUCGUCGUGCAUGUCUGCGAAAGCGACCAGGAAAGCUCUGGAGGUGAAGACGAGGAGGGCAGGCGCCGCAUUCGACCCAAGAUCAUCCAGACCCGGCGCCCAGAGUACGCACCCAUCCUGCACUGAUUGGCAGCUCCAUGCCCCUUCCCAUCUUCACCGCUGGGGGUGCAGAGCUCUUGCGGGAACGCAGCUCAUCCUCUUCGCCACUAGAGGGGGCCCCCACAUCACAAUGUAGCUUGGACAAGAUGCCCUCGUCACCUCCAUGGCCUUGGGGUUUCGGUUUUCCUUUGUUUCUCCACGGCAUCAUGGGAGAGAGCCCGAGAGCCAGGCUGCGGUGGAGUGGGCUAUCCUUCUGUCUCCCUGUCCCCAUCUGUUUAGGUCCACCAGUCUAUGUCCUGCAUGAGAACCAACGGCAACAUAAGAGACUGAACUGCCCCGUGUCUAAGUGUGUGUCUCCUCACACUUUGGGAGCAGGGUGUAAACUGUUUAUUGGAUGGAGAAUCAGUGAUGUGACUGCUGCGGACUGGCAUCAGGUGGUAUUUUGGCUCUGUGCUGAAGUUCUCUGGAGCUUCUGUCACUUGUGUGUGUUUUCCUUUCCACACGUUGUGUUACUUUGCGUUUCUCACUUGUUCCCUAAGGUUCCAACUCCACCUCGUUUUUCUGCCUAUUCCCUCGAGUUGUCUCCGUCAGGGUGUCCAGUAGGUGGGGUUCUGGUACUUGGUAGCAGGGCGGUUCUUUUAGCGGAGAAGCCAUGUGUGUGCGUUUGAUUGUGGGACACAGGGUUUCCCUUCCACAUAUUUUAAGUGUCUUCCAUAAUUUUGAAGGUAUCCUGUUCUUGUUAAUUAAAACAAUAGAAUCUGUAGACCCACAAUUACUUUAGAUCCCAUUAACACUUUAAAAGUGUGUGUGUGUUUGGAAGAACACCCACAGCAGCUUUCUGUUCAUUUUUGCGCAUCUUAUUCCUUACGUUUAGGUGUUUGUUAGAGCACUUUUACAGCCUGGUGUUGGAAGCAGUGUCGUGUAGAUGCCAUAGCAGUAUCUGUCUGCCCUCAGUCUGUGUAUGUCUGUCUGUUACAGCUAGUUGUACUGUUAUCCUUGUUUGCUGACAUCCACAGUUGCUCUCUGUAAGCUCCUGUGGCCGCAGACACCACGUCUAUGACAAGGCGUGCUUUUGGAACCAUGUAGCGUCUCCUGUGAGCCGCACCCAGGAUGAGCUUCCUUCGGACCAUCAGCCUGGGUCUGCAGUGCUCUCAGUUUAGUUGAUCCCUGGUCUUCUGUGUCUGCGAACUUGUGUGUGUGUGUUAGUGUGAAAGAGUUCACAUGGGAGACUGUAAAUUCGGGAAAGGGACUUCUAGCUGGACACACCUGGCACUCAGUGAACCUCGUGAUGCUGUUUCUAUAGCAACUGUGAUGCUGAUGUAGAUCCGUGCUGUUUAGGUCUGUAGGCGAUAGGUCACUACUUGACUGUAUAGUAAAAGUGAGCAGUUUCCUACGUCCAGCAGGACAGACAGGUUGUCCAGUCAAAGUCCUUUCCUAGGUGACAGUGAUAAAAACAUGUCCAGUCAAAGUGUGCAAAUAAAGGUGCUGGGCCUUGUGGGGGUGUGGAGCUUCUGUUGUGCUUAAAUUGCUUCAGUAAAUAUCCCAAUGGCUCAGCGGGAUCAUAAUGACAUCUCUUCAGGUAAAAGCAAAGCGUGGAAACAGGGUAAGACAGAGUGAAGUUGAGACGGACUGCCAGCACUGUGGGAUUAGCUGCAAUUAGUCUGCACAGCUCCAGUGAGAGGACAGAAUAGGCAGCAGCCGCGCCCCCGUGUACAUUUGCGUCCCUGAGGAUCCAUGCUGAGCUUCUGGCUCACCCGUGUUACAGGUGCCAGAGGUGGCAGGGGUCAUGGGGCUCGCCGUCUUCUGUGUUCUAUGCGUGAUGGCUACUGUCCGUCAGCUUUGGCCUCUCAGCCCUGUGUUAUAUUACUGUUAGUUUCAGGUGUGUGUGUGUGAGAGGGAGGGAGAUCUGACCCUGCCCACUCUCCUCAUCUCUCAC